GCAAUCUCUCUGUUUCACAUACCAGUUGUCUUUCUCCUAUCCUCUUCCCCGCUGCCGCUCCAAUGGCUAAACCCCUCCUCCCAAUCCCCGCAGCGGCAGCUCGCCUUCCCUUCUUCCGCCUCCUUCCCCAUCCACCACCACCUCCCCGCCUCCUCGCAUUCCUCCCCCCGCCAUUCGCGCCUCAAAGCCACUGUCUUUCCGUCUCCGCCGUAUCCAUCGGCAGGCGCGCCAGGCCGCGGGCCCCGGGCCCAGUCAUCAGCGAGGGCAGGGAUGACGAGGACGCUGCCGUCGGCCGCCCGGUGUGCCCCGGCUGCGGGGUCUUCAUGCAGGACGCCGAUCCCAACCUCCCCGGCUUCUUCAAGAACCCCUCCCGCCGCUCCCAGGUCGAAAUGGGAGAAGGCGAAGGAGGACUUCUGGCCGCGGAUGGGUUUCUUGAAGACGACGACGAGGAGGGGGUGGAGGAGGAUGAGUCGAUGUCAGAGUCUGAUGUUGCCGCUGAAUUGGACGGUCUGGACAUGGAUAUUGGUGAGUUUCUCGAAGACGACGAGAAGGAGGAGGAUGGAGAGAAUGGGUCACCGAUGAAGGCUGGCAUAGAGUCUGAUGUUGAUGCUUUCGCCAGCGAUUGGGACUCAGAGUGGGAGGAGGAGAUGGAAGAUGAGGAUGAGAAAUGGAGGAAAGAAUUGGACGGGUUCGCCCCACCGGGUGUUGGGUAUGGAAACAUCACUGAGGAGACACUCGAGAGGUUGAAGAAGGAGAAGUUGUCCAAGUCGGAGCGGAAGCGACGGGCAAGGGAGGCUAAGAGGGUUGAGCUCGAGCAAGAAUCGGCCGUGGUCUGUGCCCGUUGCCACUCGCUGAGGAACUACGGGCUUGUGAAGAAUGACAAGGCCGAGAACUUGAUCCCGGACUUUGAUUUUGACCGGUUCAUUUCGUCUCGGCUGAUGAAGCGGUCGGCUGGCACCCCAGUUAUCGUCAUGGUAGUGGAUUGCGCGGACUUUGAUGGGUCAUUCCCGAAGCGGGCAGCCAAGUCGCUGUUCAAGGCACUGGAGGGGAGGGGAAAUUCUAAAUUGAGUGAAACACCGAGGCUUGUUCUUGUCGGUACGAAGGUCGAUUUGCUUCCCUGGCAGCAGAUGGGAGCGAGGCUGGAUAGGUGGGUGCGUGGCCGUGCUAAGGCUUUCGGAGCACCAAAGCUGGAUGCUGUUUUCUUGAUUAGCGUUCACAAGGAUUUGGCUGUUAGGAACUUGAUUUCAUACAUCAAGGAUUCAGCAGGACCUCGUAGCAAUGUUUGGGUGAUUGGUGCUCAGAAUGCAGGGAAAUCUACGCUGAUCAAUGCAUUUGCAAAGAAACAAGGUGUUAAAAUCACAAAAUUGACUGAAGCUGCCGUCCCAGGAACUACAUUAGGCAUAUUGAGGAUAACAGGUGUUUUACCUGCAAAAGCAAAGAUGUAUGACACUCCUGGCUUGCUGCAUCCAUAUAUAAUGGUAAUGAGAUUAAACAACGAGGAACGCAAGAUGAUUGAAAUAAGGAAAGAACUCCGGCCACGAACCUUCAGGGUGAAAGCAGGACAAUCCGUCCAUAUUGGAGGCUUAACACGACUGGAUGUGCUAAAAUCAUCAGUGCAAACUAUCUAUAUAACUGUUUGGGCAUCUUCCAAUGUUCCCCUCCAUCUUGGAAAGACUGAAAAUGCUGAAGAACUGCGAGACAAACAUUUUGGCAUCAGACUUCAGCCACCGAUUGCCCCAGAGCGAGUCCCUGAAUUGGGUCAGUGGACAGAAAGACAUAUUGAGGUGUCUGGGGUCAGCUGGGAUGUUAACAGUAUGGACAUCGCUGUUUCUGGCUUAGGAUGGUACUCCUUGGGCCUGAAAGGCACUGCCACCGUUGCCUUGUGGACAUUCGAGGGCAUUGAUGUGAUCGGACGUGAUGCGAUGAUUCUGCACCGAGCACGGUUCCUCGAAAGGCCUGGGUUUUGGUUACCCAUCGCCAUUGCUAAUGCUAUAGGUGAGGAGACCAGGAAGAAGAAUGAAAAGAGAAAGGCUGAGCAAAGACGAAGAGAAGACCUCCUUUUGGAAGAAGACCUUGAUUUGGAAGAAGACCUUGUUUUGGAAGAAAGCACCGAGUGAUGACUGUGUAGAGGUGCCCAUCAAUUACUAACACCAAGGAGUCUGUUUCUCCUAUGGACCAAUGGGCGAUCCUUUUCCGAAUAGAAACAUGUUAUGUGUGAAUGAUGGGAUGUGUCUUUUCAAUUCUUCGGAGGGAGCACUGAAUGCAAACGUUAAAUUUUGUACGCCGAUAUUUAAUGAAAAAUGAAAAUAUAAUAGUUGUUUCAUAGUAA